AUGUCAAGAACUCAAGAUUCAUUUGAUCAGAAGAAGAGAUCCAUUCUUAAAGAAUUGGCAUCUACCAAUGAGGAUACUCCAGACGCCUCUCCAAAAGGUACGGUUGAUGUGCUAUGUUUACCAAUCAUAGAUCUUAUCAAUUCAAGUCCAGAUAUGGUGACUACAUCAUCUUGUUCUGGUAGAGUAUCAGUGUUUUUAGAAGGGGUUAAGGAUAUAGAGCAUGAUGAUGAUAUAAAGAUUGGAGCUAAGGGAAAUGCUGGAAAAUGGUUGUUUGUCACACAUGAUCCUAGCACUCUAGAUAAUUGGUAUAAUACUAUUGAUUUUGUUUCAGCAGAUGAAGAUAGUUUGAUACUGACAGCCAAUGCCAAAACUAGAUAUAUCUUAUUCAAAUUUGAACCACUUAUACUUCAUGUUAAAUGUCGUGAUGAAAAUAUUGCUAAAUCAUUAUAUAGUACGGCUAUGGGAUGUGGAUUUAGAGAAUCUGGGAUUGGAUCUAAUAAUAAUGUGGCCAUAAGAAUAUCGAUCAAAUUAGAUAUACCGAUUGGAUUUUUAAAUGAUAAACAAGAUGAGAAUGUGUUAUUAGUGACUAAAGAUUAUUUGGAAGUUAUUACCAAGUUAUCUCAUGAUAGAUUUAAAGAGAAUUUUAAAAAGAUGGAUCAAUUACAUCAAGCCAUUGAUUCAGUUAUAUCAUCUACAGUUGAUAUUAUACCAGUGGAGACCAAAGAACAAAGAAGAGAAAGAAAAAUAAAGGAAGGAUUAGCUAGAAGAGCUGCUUUACUUGAGAUAAAGGACAAUGAUUCAAUCAAGGAACCAGUCACUCAAGUUGAUGGAGCAUAG